AUGGGCAAAAAGCGGCGCCGCGAUGAGGAGGACGAAGCCGAGGGCGGUAGCCUGGGCGGCCUGGGCGCCCGGUCCUGGAUUCUUUCCCGCUUGCGCACGUUUGGUUUGCUUUGUUUGCAAGCGGCUACCGUGGAGCCAAGAAGAACAAAAAAGGAGCCAAUGCCUCAGCCAGGUGUAGAAGCACGGGGGCCAGCCAACACUAUCCAGAAGCAAGGGUUCCUGACCCCAGUCAAGAAAGUGGUGCACGUGCAGGAUUUGCGGGAUGAAGAGCUGCAGGAGCGCGAGGCAGAGCUUGCUGAGACGCUCCGCAAAGCACGGUUAAAUCAGGGGAACCUACGAGGGGACCCGCCCAAGACGAACCGAAUCCUCUGGCAGCGGCAAGUGACCUAUGCCAACAACGCGGUCCAUCGAGCAGAGCAGGCUUACAGAGAAGUACGCCAGGAGAUCGAACGGAGGACGUAUGGUGCGAGCUUGGGCAUCAGUCCUAUCAGGCGCUUCCGAAAGUGA